AUUCAGGUAUAUUUAUUUGACAAGGACUCAGAUACAGCAGAUUCAAUCCCUCAUAGAGUAAAGGAAGUAACCGCAAGUUAGGUGACAAAAGUGAACUGAUAAAGAGUAUAUCGAAUUGCUCUUUCAUAUUAGUGAAAUUUUUGAAUAAUGAAAGCGAAUAUCUCAAUUCAAAGGUUGUUUUCAGGAUUAGCAUUCCUUUUAACAUUGACCUGGGCUUUUGAACCAGUGGUGAUAUCUUUGAAGCUGGAUAAACCAGCCGCUGAUAUUUCAUACUUUGAAGAUUCUUCUAAUGUUAUUGCUUUGAGAGAUGGUAGAUUAACCAUUUCGUUCGAUGACGGUAAGAGCUGGAAAGACGUUAAAGAAACAAAAGAUUCAACUGUUAUCCAUAUCAGCUUUGACCCUUUCAAUAUGGAAAGGGCGGUGGCGUUUACUAAUGGUGAAAAACAUUUUGUUACCAACGAUCGAGGUAAGUCAUUUAGUUCCUUUUUACUUAAAGGAAAUAAGGAGAAGAACCCCACGAUUAAUUCUCCACCUCAAAUAACCUAUAAUGCCAAAAAGAAGGAAUUGGCGCUUGUUGAAUUUUACUCUUGUCCUGAUAAUGAAAUUUUUAGUGAUGGUUGUGAUGUGGUUCAUUUUCUUACCAAAGAUGGUUUCAAAUCAAAUUUGAAUAAAUUGAGUAUAGACUCCACAACUUGUACUUUUGCAAAAUCUAGUAGAGAGUUUGAUCAAGGGAGUGAUGAUACAAUUUUCUGUUCUACGGAUAAAUUAAAUUCUUUUGGUCAUGUGGUGGAAUCUACUUUAUUCAAAUCAGAAGAUUUCUUUAAAUCUAAAGUUGAAAUUGAUCAUCAAAUAGCUAAAAAUGGUAAGAUCCUUAAUGUCAGAGUUGAACAAACCUUCAUUCUUGUCGUUGUUCAAAAUGAUAAGUUUAACAAGAAGUCUAAAGUGUCAUUGCUAGUGUCUCGAGAUGCUAAACAUUUCGAUGAAGCUGAUUUGAAAAUGGACGUUGCUCAUGGAGUUAUGACAUUCUUAGACUCUUCUCCACUGUCAUUAUUUAUUGCCGUUAUGGAUUUCUCUAAUGCAUUCCAUCAAUACUCCUUAUCAACUAUUUACUCUUCAGACUCGUCAGGUUUGAAAUUUAAAAAGGUUUUGGAAAGAGUUCAAGGUGGGGCCGUUCAAAAAGUUCAAACUAUAGAUGGUGUUUGGCUAGCUAAUACCGCUGAAGAAGAAAAAACUAAUAACGAUGAUAAGUCUUUACUUGACUUAUUAAUUGGUGGUGGUUUCAAUAAAAAUAUUAGAACAAAAGUUUCUUUGAAUGAUGGUAAAGACUGGGGCGAUUUAAUUGUCAAUAAUGAUGAUGAAUGUAGCUCUAAAGAUGGUUGCUCUUUGCAUAUAUUAACUCCUGCUGAAAGAGACGGUGAAGGUAAAUUUGUCACCGGUCCAACCCCAGGUAUAGUAUUUGCCGUUGGUAGCAAAGGUAAACACCUAGAUAGAAGCUUUAAAAACAUGAAUACUUAUAUUUCGAGAGAUGGUGGUGCCACUUGGGAUUACACUUUACCUGAACCUUGUUUAUUCUCCUUUGGUGACUUAGGUAAUAUUAUUCUUGCAGUACCGUAUUACUCUAAUAGUGCUUCGAGUGCUGAUAAAUUUUAUUACUCGUUGGACCAAGGUAAAUCUUGGAAAGAUCAAAAAUUAGAAACUGCAAUCUUCCCACUUACUUUGACCACUACUGUCGAUGGUACUUCUAAUAAAUUCAUUCUUUCUGGUUUGGAAGAUAAAAAAAGUGAUAACUUCCAAGACCUAUCUGAAAUACUCUACCACUUUGAUUUUAGUAAAGCUUUCGAUGGUCGCAAAUGCGGUGAUGAUGACUUUGAAGAAGUAUAUGCGAGAAUUUCGCCUGAGUCUAAUCAACCAGUUUGUGUCUACGGUCAUAAAGAAAAAUUCAGAAGAAGAAAACAAGAUGCUAAGUGUUUUGUUGGUCGCCUCUUCGAUGAUGUUAAAGUUUACGAUACCCCAUGUGAUUGUAAUGAGGCUGAUUUUGAAUGUGCUCCUGGAUUCAAACUCUCUAAAAAGGAUGCUUGUGUCCCAGAUAAAAGAAAGAUUGGGCAAAUAUGUGACGAACAGAAGAAGAAAGAAGUUUCUUUACCAGACAAAGUUCUAGUCGCCAAUAAUAAAUGUAGCAUGGGCUCCAAAAAGAUGAAGGAUUUUGUUACAACUGAAAAAUUUAAGUGUAGUGAUUAUAUUGAUGAACAUAAGCAUAAACAUAAGGGUGCUAAACAUGAUAUCAUAACUAAUAAUUUUGAAUUUGAAGGAGAACUAGAAACUUAUGCUUAUAUCGAUGAAGCCGACGACUAUCAAGGUGAGAACAUCAUCGUUAGGACUAGAGAAAACCAAGCUUACAUGUCAAAUAAUGGAGGAACGGGUUUUACCAAAGUACCUAUUCCAGAUGAAAUAGUUGCUUACUAUACUGGCUAUAUUUCAGGCCAAAUAAUAUUGAUCACAAGAACAAAUACAAUUUAUAUUUCCAAUGAUGGUGGUAACUCUUUCAUAAGGGAGAAUGCUCCAACAACUCCAAAUACUCAGCGUGUCAGGAUCGUUUCCUUUAAUAAAGAUAAAUCUGAUGAAUUCAUCUGGUAUGGAGAUGAAGAUUGUGAAGAUCCCUUUAGCCCUAACUGUAAAUUAGUUGCUUACAUCACUAAAGAUAAUGGUAAAUCAUUUAAAAAACUAAUUUCGGGUGUUAAAUCGUGUGAUUUCGUGACUCCAUUUUUGGAAACCAAGGUUGAGGAUAACGAAAACCUUAUUUAUUGUUCAGUUGAAGACAAAACUGAAAGUAAAUUGAGGUUGGUUUCAUCAACUAAUGACUUUAGAGACAAAAAAGUUGUAUUCGAAAGCAUUGUCGGAUAUGCUCUUACUGGUCAUUUCGUUGUUGUAGCUUCAGUUGAUUCCGAGAAGAAAUCACUCAAGGCUAAAGUAACUGUUGAUGGUUUGGUAUUUGCUGAUGCUGAUUUCCCACAUGACUUGCAUGUUGACGUCCAACAAGCUUAUACAGUUUUAGAUUCAAGCUCCCUGGCAAUAUUCAUGCAUGUUACUACAAACAAUGAAGAUGGAUCUGAAUUUGGAUCUAUCCUUAAGUCUAACUCUAACGGUACUUCAUACGUUUUAUCUUUAGACAAGGUAAAUAGAGAUAGACUUGGGUAUGUUGACUAUGAUAGGAUUGAUGCGUUGGAAGGUGUGAUUAUUACAAACACUGUCAGUAAUCCUGGGAAAGAAAAGAAAAAAUUAAAGACUCGUAUUUCUCAUAAUGAUGGUGCUGAGUGGAACUAUUUACCUCCACCGGCAGUCGACUCGAAAGGAAAAAAAUACGGAUGCACCGGCCAGUCUUUGGCUAAAUGUUCCCUUAACCUCCAUGGUUUCACAGAAAGAGCAGAUUAUAGAGAUACUUAUUCCUCAGCUUCAGCUGUUGGACUUAUGAUUGGUGUCGGUAGUGUUGGUGAAAAUCUUGCAGAAUAUUCUAAGAGUUCUACCUUCUUAACCCGUGAUGGGGGACUAACCUGGAAAGAAGUUAAAGACGGUGUGUUUAUGUGGGAAUACGGUGAUCGAGGAACUAUAUUAGUAUUGGUGAACGCUGUAGAAAAAACAAAUGAAUUGUUGUAUUCGUUAGAUGAAGGUGAAUCUUGGCAUGAGUAUAUAUUUGCUGACAAGCCAGUCAAAGUCAUUGACUUGGCUACAGUUCCAUCAGAUACUUCCAGAAAGUUCACUGUAUUUGCUAAAAGUGAUGCCGAUCCUAAAAAUACUGUUGUAUACUCUAUUGAUUUCACAAAUGUUUACAAAAGACAAUGUCAAUUAGACUUAGAUAAUCCAAAUAAUGAUGAUUACGAAUAUUGGACUCCAAAACACCCCCUUAUUGCUGAUAACUGUUUAUUUGGUCAUGAAGCCAAAUAUUUGCGUAGAGCCGUGGGUCACGAUGACUGUUUUAUUGGGAGUGCCCCAUUGAAAGAAGGCUUCAAAGUUUUGAGGAACUGUUCAUGUACAAGAAGGGACUUCGAAUGUGAUUAUAACUUUUUCAGAGAUACCGACGAUACAUGUAAAUUGGUCAAAGGAUUGACUCCUACUGAUAGGAGAAAAGAGGCCUGCAAAAAAGAUAAUGCUUUUAGAUAUUUUGAACCAACAGGAUACAGAAAGAUUCCAUUAUCCACUUGUGUGGGAGGUAAAAAGUUUGAUACUAUGAGUCCAGUUGCUUGUCCAGGAAGAGAGAAAGAGUUUAAUGAGUUCUAUGGUAGAGGUAUUGGCUUUGGAAGAUUCAUGUUAAUCAUUGGUAUUCCACUCGCUAUUUUCUUUUCAGCAACUUACUUUGUGUACGAUAGAGGAAUUCGCCGUAAUGGUGGUUUCAAAAGAUUCGGCCAAAUCAGAUUAGAUGAAGAAGAUGACUUCCAGCCUAUUGAAAAUAAUGAUGUUGAUAAAGUAGUCAAUAGAAUUGUGAAGGGUGGAAUUUAUGUUGCUGCAGUUGUUAUUGCGGGAGCUAAGACAAUAAGGAAGAUAGACAAAGCCGUUAUCGAUAGAUUGGCUGCAGCGAUAUUUCGCCGCAGUCCAGGUCGUAGAAAUUACGUCCAUGUUCCUGAUUUGGAUGAGGAAGAAGAAUUAUUUGGUAACUUUCAAGAUAAUUAUGAAGAAGAAUUAGAAGAAGGUACCGACGUGCCAAACUUUCAAGACGAAUCAGCAGAAAAUGACCUUGGUACCUAUGAUGAAACGGAAACCCCCUCAGGUGAAGCCGACUCGAGGUUAUUCGGUAUUGAUGAUCAAUCAGACGAUGAUGCUGGCUCUUCAAGAAACGAUUAAUCUAAAAAGUACUAGACAAAAAAGCUAUUCAAUCCGACAGCCUGUAUUUAAAAAAAAUAUUUAUACGUUAACCAAAAG